GUGCAAUAUUGCAAUUUCUCAACACCCACCCACCUCUUGCUGUUAGUAAACAGGUUUCUGUACUGAGGCACCCCCUCCUCCUGUUUCUUCCUGGGCCCUACAAGGCCUAAAUACUACUGAUACAACAGGCUUAAUUCAAUUUUUUUUUUUUAUGUAUGAAUGGAAAAUUGUGUUGAGUCCCCAACUCAAGCUUUAAAAAUGCAAAAUUACUUGUGGCUUGGCUAUAUUAUAUCAAGCUUCAAAUGCAGACAUUUAAUUGGUGUAGUGUUUUAAGGGAGUUGCUAUUUCAGUUUGUUACCUCAUUAAAUGGCUCCAUUAAUUAAUGCCCUGCUUUUAUAAUCUGAAUAUCUGCAGGCAUGGCUGGGUGAAGGCAAUGUUAUCUUCAUGUGAUCUUGUUUUGUGCUGGAUUCUGAUACUGGAACUUAAACAGUUUUACAUGGAGGUAAAUUGCACAUUGCACAAUGGAAAAAAAGUAGUCAUCUUACUUGAUUUAUGAAUAACAUUUGAAUCAUAAAAUAUUGAGGAUGAGUACUAUGUGAAUAAAAUUUUCUUAUAAAUAAAGUGAAAUCAUACCACUGUAUUUCUCUUUCAGUUCAGGAAAGAGCUUCAGGCUUAUUCAUAGUUACUCCCAACUGUUGAACGGUAGAUUUUUAAUGUAUGUAGUUCCCUUUGGAUUCAAGCCAUGAAUAGAUUACAGGAGCUAGUUCCAUAGAGCACAAGAUGGUUCUUCUAUUACGUGUGAGGCAUAUACAUUCUUUUAAAACAAAUUUCUGAUUGUGUAUUUCUUUAAGAAAGCAGCAUAUUAAACAUAUAAAGUGGUAUUACGUUUAUGCAAUCAGGACGACCAAACAAGGAACCUCAGAAUAAUCAGUACAAUUUUCUUUGCUCUAUUUGUAGAAGGUUAAUGUAUGGCUUCUCAUUUGACAGCAAGGGCCUAAAGAAGAGAAUGGCUGGCAAUUAUGAUCUCUUAAAAAGUCUGCAGAAUAACUUGCAAGAACUGAACAACCUCCGGACAAAAUAUUUUGCAUCAACAAAACGUCCAUCGUCAGUCGGGAUUAAGUCAUUGCUUUGUGACCAACAGCAACUGCCAGGGGAGAAUAUGAACAUCCAGUCAUUUGCUUCUAGGAAGAGUAUCCGCCACCGUAAUCCUUACUGGCCGGAUGAAGAAAUACGGACCUUCAUUGAGAUCUGGGGUGAUGACCAAGUCCAAGCCUCACUGGCUACCAACUUUCGCAAUGAGGCCCAAUAUGAGUGGAUCUCCGAUAGGAUGCGAGAAUAUGGCUAUGACCGGGAUAUGAAGCAGUGUCGUUUGCGUGCCAAGGAGCUUCGGCGAGGAUACAAGGCAAUUGUUUGUGGAAACAACUCUUCAGUGAGUGGUCAACGCGCCUUGCCCUUUUAUGAUGCUUUGAACAGUUUCCUGUGCAUGCACAAGGGUCUUGUGGUGUCCAAAGUUUCUCUAUCUAUAGAUAGGAGGAAUCGAGAAGCCCAAAAAUUGGGCUUGGAGCAAGAAAAAAAUGAAAAGCUAAGUGUUGUCUUGGUUUCUGAUGAUGAUGAAGCAUCCAUCCCAGAACCUACAGAUGACUCCAAUGGUUAUUUUCAAGACGCACAGAUGGAUUCUGAACCUGUAAACGCCCAGUCUCCAGGUGAUGAAUGGGAGCCACAUGGAGAAGAUGGCAUUCUUGCAAGAGAUGUGGCUUCACCCAGUUUUCCCAAUGCAAGAGCGGAUGGUCAUUCCAUCAGUUCAGGCCCAUCUGGCACUUUCCCCAGGGCAUCCCUGGUUGAUGCUGACAGAAUAAGCAGCAACCACUGGAACAGGAAACAGAGGAGACAAACUGAAACUGCUUCAGACAUAGUAGAUGCCAUUUCCCAAGUGGGUGACAGACUAGUAAAUGCUCUGUCUGAUUUGCACUCAAAACACAGUGAAACCUCUGAACUUGCACAGGGCAGAGCGAGUGAUGCCCAUAAGGAGGAGUUUACCAUACUUGCCAAUCAUGUGAAUCAGGCCACUCAAAACAUGGACAAACUGAUUGCUCUCGUGGAGACAUCUACCAGACGGAUUGCGGAUGCCAUGGACAGACAGACAGCUGCCUUGGAGAAUCUGGCACAGUUGUUUGCUGCAAGAGCACCGGCAGUUUCAGUGCCUUUGGCAUCCCAGGAGCAAUCUGUGGUGUCUUCUCCGAGAAUGUGUGUAUCAGUCCCAUCGCCCCCCACAGAAUUAUACAAUACUAUGAACACUUUAAGGGGGAAUUGCACUGCUAAUCAGAAAGCACCAGACUUGCCUGCUGAAGAAUGCCAACCAGUGGCAAAGAAAAUAAAAACAGAAGACUAACGUAAUUUGUUCAAAAAUCCUCAGACGUUCUGUUCUCAUGAGAUGAAAAUUCAUCCUUUUUCUUUCUUUUUUUAAAUGCAAUGGGGAAAAGUAAGGAAGGUGGCUGAUAUAAGAAAUAUUGUGGCUUUAUUUUUUUUAAUAAAAAGAUUUGUAGCUCCAGCAUUAUAUUUGUAGGUGGAUUUAUAUAGUGUUUGGAAGGGUGAAUGUUGCCCAUUAUGAUGAAAUUGUAGGGUUCAUUGGCAUUCCAUUAUUCUGUAGUUUGAUUUCUAUUCUGCUGUUUAAGUAUGCAACAGGCCGUGGUCCUAUACACACUUACUUGGGCAUAAGAUAUGUAGGCUUUAUUUCAGAUUGUGACUGUGGUCAGGAUGUUGGCUUUGGACCUGAAGAACAUAUUCAGAAUUUUAGCACAGCCAUGAACAUGCUGGAUGGCUUUUAGUAGAGUCUUCUGAGACACAGUUUUUCUGAUCUCUAGAUGAAUAGUACAAGUGACUUACAUCAUUUGGUGAUUCAAAGAUGAACAGUUUAAAAGAUUGUUAAUCAUGGAUAUUGCCACCGGUAUAGAAAAUAAGAGUAGAGAACUCUUUGUGCUAUAUAAAUCCUGUUAUUAAAUCAAUAAGAUAUGCUACUACUAAUGGGCUAUUUUUCUCCCUAAUUUCACUGAUACCAUGU